UCAUAAUUCGGUUCUGCUGAUUCUCUCUGACUAAACUUUAUGAGAAUGAAGGGGGAGUUACGUGGAAGACAUUAGAGACUCAAAAUUUUAAAAACAGAGACUUAAGGAUAAGGUUGUGGAGGACCCAUAACGCGGACAAAGAAACGAGCUUAAACCCCUCAUUUAACAAAUUUCGUCGGAGCUCCGGCGAGGGAAAAAUGGCGGCAAAGAUUACAGGCGGAGGCUGCUCAUGGCGACGCUUUUACAGGAAGAGAACACCAUCUCGAUUUCCUCUCAACUCUGUUCGAGCCUCUCAGUCCAUGGAUGACAUGGACACCGUCUACAAGCAAUUGGGAUUGUUUUCACUAAAGAAGAAGAUUAAAGAUGUUGUUCUUAAGGCUGAGAUGUUAGCACCGGAUGCUCUUGAGCUUGAAGAAGAGCAAUGGAUAAAGCAAGAAGAAACAAUGCGUUACUAUGAUUUAUGGGAUGAUCCAGCUAAAUCUGAUGAGAUUCUUCUCAAAUUAGCUGAUCGAGAGAAAGCAGUUGAUAUCCUCAAAGACCUCAAAUACAAGGCUGAAGAAGCUAAGCUAAUCAUACAAUUGGGUGAGAUGGAUGCUAUAGAUUAUAGUCUGUUUGAGCAAGCCUACGAUUCAUCGCUCGAUGUAAGUAGAUCGUUGGAUCACUAUGAGAUGUCUAAGCUUCUAAGGGAUCAAUAUGACUCUGAAGGAGCUUGUAUGAUUAUAAAAUCCGGAUCUCAAGACAUAAAAUCUCAGAUAUGGACAGAGCAAGUUGUAAGUAUGUAUAUCAAAUGGGCAGAAAAGCUAGGCCAAAAUGCGAGGGUGGCUGAGAAAUGUAGCUUCUUGAGCAAUAAAAGUGGCGUAAGUUCAGCCACAAUAGAGUUUGAAUUCGAGUUUGCUUAUGGUUAUCUCUUAGGUGAGCGAGGAGUGCAUCGCCUUAUCACAAGUUCGACUUCUAAAGAGGAAUGUUCAGCGACUGCUGAUAUCAUACCAUUAUUCUUGAGAGCAUCUCCUGAUUUUGACGUAAAGGACGAGGAUUUGAUUGUAUCGUAUCCUGCGAAAAAGAAUAAACAAGUAGCUGAGCAUAUGGUUUCUAUUCAACACAUUCCGAGUGGAAUUACAGUGGAAUCUUCAGGAGAAAGAAACCGGUUUGCAAACAGGAUCAAAGCGCUAAACCGGUUAAAGGCAAAGUUGCUUGUGAUAGCAAAAGAGCAAAAGAUUUCGGAUGUAAACAAAAUCAACAGAAAUAACAUUUUGGAAGAAACAAGGAGGUAUGUCGCUAAGGGUCACAAGAUGGUGGUUGAUACAAAAACCGGUUUAGAGAUUCUAGACCUGAAAUCGGUCUUGGAUGGGAACAUUGGACCACUCCUUGGAGCUCAUAUUGGCAUGAGAAGUUCAAUUGAUGCGAUUUAGGCUUUUAAUCAAUUGGUAUACUUUAGUUGUCUAUUGUGCUUUGCUUGUGUGUGUGUGUAUAUAUAUAUAUAGCCUUCUAUACCAUUGUUUUUUUGGUCAAGAACAACAUACAAAGUAAGAAUUGGUGACGAACUAUGUGCAAAUUACACCA